AUGGGUUUGCAGAAUGGGGGGGUCAAGGCACUUUUAGCUUUUGUGGACUUUUUUAGCUCCUCGUCGCAGCGCAAGGCGUGGGCCAGUGCUGCAGCCAUGUGCCGACGUGUGGAUGCGACGACGUUUGACCGCGUUGAGGACUCGCUGAACGAGAUACGCGCGCGUGUCAAUCACGAGGAUGGGAGGAUUGGGGACAGGGCAAUCGCCUGCCUUUACCGUAUUAUUGCGGGCGUCCGCGCAAACCCGGAGCUUGUGGCACGGGCCUACGGUGACGUCAGUCCGGCGCUUCUUUGUGUGCUCACGCGCAGCGACGUGACGGAGGGCACCUUUACGAUGGCGCUCUCCCUCGUCGGCGCGGCGAUCUCGUAUAGCACGGAGGUCACGCGGAAGGUGAUUGAGAGCGGCCUGAUGGACUGCAUGUUGGCGCUGAUUACCAACCACUCCGAACAGCAGCUACCAUCGCUGCAACAGCAGCAGUGGGGCUCCCCCACUGCAAGUCCGACGCUUCGAGCGUCAAUUCCGCGGGAGAGUGCAUUUCCGCAGGAUAUGCCGACGGAAAUAAAUUCAGCACCAACACCCACGACGACGGCGACAACGCUUCGCGAGAGGCGACUGACGAUGGAGCAGACAAAGACACUUUGCAUUGCGCUUGCUGGGCUGCUACCAAGGAUCACUGAGGGUUACCUUGCCUACGGAAACAUCCUUACAGAACUACUGGCGGAACGUAAUCAGGGGAUGAUGCAUCGUAGAGGAUAUUUCUCCCCAGAUCUCGACUAUGAGGAGGAAGAGGAGGAGGAGGAUGGGGAUGGAACCAGCAUUGACGAGAUUCGUUUGCGGAUUCUGGAGGAGGGAAUUCCGCUUGAAAAGAAUCCCAACUUUGCAAGGUGCAAUCUAUCUCAUGUAUGCAACGAGUGCGGGAAGUUGUGCGUGCCUGGGGACUGGUUUCGCUGUAACAGAUGUACCGACUUUGACUACUGUGGAGAAUGUCUCUUGGAGGGGUGGGCUGAACACGGAGGGAGUUCGGCGUCGCACACAUUCUGUGAUAUGCUGGAGGUAAUUCCGGGCUUGAGCAGGACAGCAGCGCCUGCGACGACCAAGAAGAGCGUGGAUGACGCGCUGAAUACGGAGCGGAAGAACCUCUACAGAAAUUGUCCCCAAUUGCUGGACACCAUACUUCGAGGACUUCCCAAGAUGGUGAUGCUGUUCAACGAGUCGGAGACGCAGAUUGUGCGUAACCACAGCCUGGCCUUUAUCGACCGCGCCGUGUGUCUGGCAUCCCCGCAGCAGUUGACAAAUAGUGGUCUCGUAGAGGCGGCCGUGUGUGAAUUAAUCGUCUCGGCAAUCGCAGACCCCAGCCUUAUCUUAAACGUUCAGGUGAUGCUCCUCUGCCGGAAAUUGCUGGAAAAGCUACCCAUUGUGUAUAAACAGGCCUUUGUGCGUGAAGGUGUUACCAACGCCUUGAUAAAGGCGGAAGCGCAGAAUCAGGCGAGCUCGCGACGUGUUUCCGAACGGCAAGAGGAUAAACGCCCGCUUAUUGAACGACUUCGCACCAUUGCGAAUUGGCGCGAGCUUGUUGUGGAGGAGGCGAAGAGUAUGCUUGGCAUGUUUCCCUCCAUUGCUGACGAAACACACAUCAAGCGGCUCGCCGAGUUUGUAAGUCUCAUGGAGGGAGGUCGACUUCAGCAGGCCUUUGACGCCCUCCGAUUUGCUCUCUUGAAUGAGACUACUUCGUUUGAGCUGGCGUCAAGCAAUGUCCUUCACGCACUGAGGGAAACGCUGACGCGUGCCAAUGACGUCCGUGUCGUCGUGGACCUGGUAAAAACACUGGCAAAGGAGGAGCCAAAUUCAUCCUGUGCGCUUACACGAUUCGUGCGACACCUUCAGACUAUUCUUUCGCAGUUGGAUCAAUUUCGUCCCUCCAAUUUUGGUGAUGUGGACAGCAUCCAUGCGCACAUCCCCGUGCAUCUGGUUCCACACGCAGCUGAGCAGCAAAAGCCGAGGUCUUCUCUUUUGGCAAAGGGUGGCGUGCCACGACGUUCUCCUCCGGCCCUGUCUUCAAAAGAGCCCAGUGGGCCACCGCGCAGUACGCGUUUUUCCGCAACACGUGGAACCAGCGGCGUGAGUCCUGCCUCCACUUCGGCAGCUUCCACGUCAACUUCAACAAGAGCCCCCCCUGAGGGUCGAGAUCUCACAGUAAGCCUUGAGCCUUUGACAAGCAUGGACACUUUGAUGUCGUUUGUGGCCUCCAACGUGAUCUCUGGAGGCGCGGAAGAGAGUGGUGGUCGUCGGCGCAUCGACGACGAGGACCUAGUGGAAGAGGUGCUCCCUGAGUUGCGUAAAGGAGGAACGACGGAUUCCUCGUUGGCUGCAAAGAAGUUGGUGCAGGAAAAAAGCCAACAACGUGUCUACCUGCGGUAUGAAUCGCAUGUAUUGCCGCCCUCUAUGACUAUCCUGCAGGUGUUACAACAGUUUCAUCCCUUGUCGUCGCCGUCCGGGGGGUCGUCAUCCGGGAAGAAGAAGAAACGUAGUGGCCAAGGCAGUGGUACUUCGGCCAACACGAAUGCAAAUGCUACCACGAACACCACCACCGCCACUACGACUACGACGACUAGCACCACAACUGCAGCCUCCACUGCUUCCACCGGUGGCGGUGGCGGCGGUGGUAGACCCCGUCAACGUCAUUCCACGGCGCACGGGUUGCGCCGUAGUGCGGGGGAAGCCAUCACUAUACACUACAGCACAGUCCCUUUUGGACCGGAGUACGCCGUGGAGCAGUCGCGAUCCGUUGCGACUUGCGUUGCACCAACGGAUGCUACUCGUGUGAGAUUGCCUUCCAAAGAUAUCCGUCCACCUGCAGUGGUGGAGGUGAUGCGGGCGCUGCAUCAGGAAUAUCCAUUUAGCAACUGUUUUCUCACCGCCGCUCAAAAAGAUGUCCUGACGCUUUUGGGUACCGUUUACAAGGUGUUGCAAUACUGGGGCGAACUGUUACUCCACCUGGGUUGCGCUGGGGGGGAUGGCGGGGAGGGGAGUGUCUGGUCACCCUCAACCUCGCUCGGAGAGUUUGUCCACAAAAGGUUGAACAACAAGGCCCUGCGGCACAGCUCCAACCUUCUGCUUGCAGGCCAACACCUCACAACGUGGGCGGUGAAUCUCGCGAUGGACUGUAAUUUUUUGUUUGCCGCUACGACCCGAAAGUUUUUCUUUGAGGUUGGCUUCUGCGGCACGGCCCGUUCGCUUGUUCAAAUGCAGGAAAACAUGGAAAGAUACGGCAUGCGGGACUUACUCAACGUGGAUCAUAACUUUAUACGAUCCUAUCGCCUGCACCGCAUGAAGAAGCGUGUCUGGCGCGAUAAGGCGUUGCUGUGUGCCAUGGAAAUUAUGGGAAAGAAACAGCUCAAUGACACAGUCCUGCUGGAGUUUGAGUACUACAACGAAAAUGGAAGUGGCAGCGGGCCAACGAUGGAAUUUUACUCGCUUGUCUCGGACGAACUCCGGGAGAUGAAACUUCGCCUGUGGCGCCGGACCGACGAAACACCAGACGAAAAGUAUUACAACCCGAAGACAGGGGUGUAUCCGCGGCCGCUGCCGCCCGAUUCGCCUGAGAUUGACCGUGUAGAGCCCUUUUUCCUGCUGUUGGGACGCUUUUUGGCCCGUGCGUUGUUGGACAAACGCAUCGUCUCCAUUCCCCUAUCCCCGGUCUUGCUGAAGUUACUUCGCGGGGACGAGUGUGGCAUCUAUGACCUGAUUGACGUCAGUGAGUCGCUGGGUUUGUCCAUCGUUGCCCUCUCCCGUGCCGCCCACAAGGGUGCCACGACCAUUCAACUGCCAGGAGCGGCGACAUCCUGCAGUGUGGAGGAGUUGUCGCUUGAUUUUACGUUGCCCGGCGACGACGCCAUUGAGUUGGUGAAGGGCGGGGCAGAUAAACCGGUGACCUCCGCGAACUUAUUUGAGUACUGUGAUGCCGUCACGGAGUUUAUCUUGCGCAAAGGAGUGGAACGUGUCGUCAAGGCGUUUCGCGCUGGAUUCCACGACUGCAUUCCUUUGUGUGCGUUGCGCCUGCUGACGGUGGCUGAGCUGCAUGAGGCGCUGCACGGCCACUCCGCUCUCGUGACGAUGGAAGACCUCGAGGCGAACUGCCAGGCGGAUCACGGCUACACCAUGACCUGCAGCCACGUGCGGCAGCUGUUUGAGAUUAUUGCCUCCUUUAACGAGGAGGAGCAGCGCCGCUUCUUCCUCUUCCUCACGGGCUCCGUGCAUCUUCCGGUGGGCGGCCUUGCCAGUCUGCGGCCGAAGUUCACAAUUGUCCGCAAGACGUCCUCGGAGCCCAAGGUCCGGGAGCAGGACCAGCUUCCCUCCGCGAUGACGUGCCAAAACUACCUGAAGCUGCCGGCGUAUGAUAGCAAAGAGCAGAUGGAAAAGAAACUGCGGCAAGCCAUUGAUGAGGGAUGUGGCGCGUUUCUGCUGACGUAA